AUGGAUGCAGAAACCAGUUUCUCACCAAUUGCUCCGCCGGUCUUUAAUGGAGAUAACUAUCAGGUUUGGGCAGUACGAAUGGAGACAUACUUGGAUUCUUUAGAUCUAUGGGAAGUUGUGGAAGAGGAUUAUAAUGUUCCAACCCUACCGAAUAAUCCCACCAUGGCUCAGAUUAAAGCACACAAGGAAAAGAAGAAAAAGAACAAUGUGCGGCUGGUUGAAGAGUUUAAGAAGAAAAUGUUGCAAGUAUUUGAGAUGACAGACCUAGGACUAAUGACAUACUUUCUAGGGAUGGAAAUCAAGCAAAGUUGCAAUGAAAUCUUUAUCUGCCAAAAGAAGUAUGCUAGGGAGAUACUAAAGAAAUUCCAUAUGGAAAAUUGCAAGGUAACAAGCACACCUAUGAAUCCAAAAGAGAAGUUGAGCAAAGAGGAUGGAACUGAUAGAGUUGAUGAAGGAAACUUCAGAAGCUUGAUUGGAUGCUUGAUGUAUCUCACUACUACACGACCCGAUAUUCCAUUUGUUGUAAGUUUUUUGUCUAGGUUUAUGCAUUGUUCUACUAAAAUGCAUUUCCAAGUAGCAAAAAGAAUUAUAAGAUACAUCAAAGGUACUGUCGAGUAUGGGGACAAAUUCAAAAAGUGUGAGAAUUUUAAGUUGUAUGGAUUCUCAGAUAGUGAUUUGGCCAGAUCGACUGAUGACAUGAAAAGUAUAUCAGGAUAUUGCUUCAGUCUGGGAUCAGGGAUUUUCUCUUGGUGUUCCAAGAAGAAGGAAACUAUGGCACAGUCCACGAUAGAGGCUGAAUUCAUUGCAGCAAUAACAGCAAUAAAUCAAAGCAGUAAAUCAAACCUUAUGGCUAAGAAAAAUAUUUUCUGA